UCUCCCUUCAACUCAACCUCCAAAUUAGUGAAGGGACACCUCACCCACCCACCCACUCACCCUUCCUCUCCUCUCUUCUCAACUCCGUCCCAUUCUCCACCUUCAACACCAUUCUUUUUCAACCCUCUCUCAAAAAUCUCACUCACUUCAACAAUUUCUCUUUCUAGAAUCUAAUCUAUUCUAACCUAAACCGUAACUUCCCUUCUUUCAUUCGAAUCCAUCUGAAUCCAAAACAAAAAAUCAUUCUCUCCCACAUAUAGAAAACCACAAAAAUAUACAUAAACUUUCCAACACUCCUUUUUCCAUAAAUUCAGUUCCCAAACCAAACAUAUCUCUUUUUCAUUUUUCCUCUCUUUUUUUUUUAAAUUUCAGAUUUGGCCUCGAAACAUGGCAUCACCUAUGAUCUCAAAUUCAACAACCUCAACAACAACCGACCGAUCACACAGAAUAAAGAAAAAGAAGAAAGUCCUAUCAAAUACCCAACAACAAGCCCAAGAACAAGAACAAAGACACGCCAAAUGGAGAUCACAGGCUCAACAACAAAUCUACUCUUCCAAACUACACCAAGCUUUAGCCAGAGUCAACCUCUCCGGAACCGGACCUCGCCGCGGAAAAGCCGUACGGGAAGCCGCCGAUAGAGUUCUCGCCGUCGCGGCCAAAGGAAAAACACGGUGGAGCCGGGCCAUCCUCACAAACAGACUCAAACUCAAGUUCAGGAAACAGAAGAGACAUCAUCAACAGAGAACCGUCGGUCCAUCCCGGUCUAAGAAAGCCCGGUUCGGUGUUUUGCGUCUCAAGGGAAAAACCCUCCCAGCGGUUCAGAGAAAAGUUAAAGUCCUGGGCCGGUUGGUUCCUGGUUGUAGGAAAGAACCUUUACCGGUUAUUCUUAAAGAAGUUAUUGAUUACAUACCGGCUCUUGAGAUGCAAGUCCGAGCCAUGUCAGCUCUAGCUGAUUUCCUCUCCGGCGCUUCUUCUUCAGCGGCUGCCUCCUCCGGUUCCUCCUUCCCGCCGCCGAGUUAAUAACAUUUAAUUUUCUCCAUAUAUAUGCCAGCUGUCAUUUUUUUACUAUUAUUUGUCUCGGUUUAAAUCUCACUUUAUGAAUCAAAAUAUUUUAUGUUUUUUCUUUUUAUUUUGCUAGUUUUUGUAUGCAUGUGUAUAUUAUCAUCAUCAUCAUCAGAUUUUGCAGUUGAAGUUGAACUAUUCUGAGGCAAUAUCUGAGUAUAGUUCUGAAAGAGAAAUUCAAAUAUGUCACGGCAAGUAUUUUUCUUAA